ACGCUCUUCGCAUGUGCAACUCCUGAUCGCCAUAAUCAGUUCGUUUCCGUUGCUCGGCUCUGCAAUCUAGUCGGUCACGCUGGUCGCCCGGACUAGUCCAUCGCUGAGUGCCUGACUCGGUCACGCCGCCUGAAUCCUCCGCCGUGCGACACCAUCACGCAUUCCCGCGGCCCACCGUCUCCGUUCUGCAUACUCCCUGCCGCUGCUGCGUACUCGUCUUCUACUACUCGGCGCUAGGACUUCAAAAUUCACGUCCCCACUGGAUUGAAAAGCUAGAUUCGCCCCUGCCUAGUUUGUUCAGAACAGCUUUUCAGGAUUUGAUUGAAGAUAAUGGCAGAGACUGAGAAGAGAGCUUCUUCAUCUGCCAAUUCAAAAGAGAAAAGUUCAUUGCUAGGGUUUUCCAGUUUCGUAGAUUUUAUCGGGAUGUCUGUGUGGGGGACGAAUUCCGGUGUCUGGUACAUUUGGCAUAACCUUGGAUUACAAAUUUUGGCAUAUGCAGGAAAAACAUAUAAAAUGCCUUGGCCUGAAAAAAAUGAUCUUGACAUUGGAAACGACUUUCUGAACUCAUGGAAGUCCAUUUCAAUUGGGGAUGAUGCCAUGGAUUUUGACUUUGGGCCUAUUUCCAAGAAUAAGAAAAAAGCAUUCAACUUUGACCAAGAGGAUAUGAAUUUCAAUCUUGACAGUGAUUUUAGCAAGAUGCCGUCCUUCAAUAUUGACAUGUCAGACCUUGAUAUUUCUUCUCCAUCCAAGAAAAAUUCAAAGUCAAAGGAGAAACCCAAAGAAUCUUCUGGUGCCAGUAAUAAGGGGAAGACAGAUGGCUUUAACUUUCACUUUGAUUUUAAGGAGUUGGACAUUUUUAGUCUUCAGUCAAGCCCAAGGAAAGAAGAUCAAAGUAAGAAGGAUCUACAAAUUGAAGGUUCUUCUGAAACAAGUGCACAUCAAGGCUCUGUAGUCCAUCUGACUGAAGAUGUUGGUGUACUUGACGCUGGCUCACCCAAAAAGCACUCCGUGAUGGAGAUGACUUCAACAGCUGAUUCUUCAGCUGAUAGUGGUCUUACUCCUGAUUCUAUAAGGAAGAAUUUUUCUUCAGAGCGUACUGCAAAUAACAAUGACACGUCAAUAUCUGUCACCACCGCUACUCAUGCAUCUGAAUUAUUGUGUACAAGAACCUCACCAAAAAGGAAUGCAUCUACAAACACACAACCAACAGAGUUGCAAAUAGAGAAGGGAACCUCUCCACAAUUAGUUGCUCCUGAAGCCACACCAGAUGUAUUUGACCAUUCUUCUGGACACAAGUCAAACAGCAAAGCAGGUUCUGACUUGCUGGAAAAAGUUGGUUCCAUGGGUGAAAAUAUCAAUUCUUCAUAUACAGAUGAUUUUGAACACGUAGGUAAUCUGGACUCAAAUGAGGAUAAGACAAUGCCUGCAGGAUUUACUAGAUAUCACAAGAAUGCAUCACAGGAAGCUGUUCAGGAAAGUGGCAAAUUUGAGAAAGACAAACAUCUUUUGGUUAGCAAUAUAGAAGGGAACGGUUCACACCCUGGAUGUACUUAUAUUGCAAGUCCCAAGAAGGAUGUCCAUUCAACACUAGUUAAUAUGGAGAUGGAAGAAACUAUUUCUAAGCCACCAAAACCCCCGUCAAGCAGUGGAUCUGUUCAAAAUCUGAUGCAAGCAGAAGGGGAUUGUAGCACCGUCCGGUCAAAGUUUUUCAUGCCAUCAAUUGAGACUAAUGAGCAAAAGCAGAAGAAAUCAUUGUUGCAGACAAAAGUUUCUGAAGUUGGUAGCAAAAGAAUUGUCUCAAGCCAACCAAAUUAUUCAGAUAAAGGAAUGGCAUAUCGUAAAGAUGAUGAAAAUGGGAAGAAAGCUGGUAUCACAUUGCCAGGAUCGAGACCACAAUCCAAGACUAGCACUCUUCAGACAGGAAGCCAAGACAGCUUUAUAGGUCUUUCUGCUAACAUUUCUCAUGUCAAGCCUUUGAGUAUAAGCCAGCAAGGUAAAUCCAUGCUACACAACCCAAGAGUCAUAGAAAGUUCUGUUUCUUCUGGAACAGCAAAGAACAUUCCUGUUCGUGGCAACAAAACCUGUCCUACUAAAGCUAGCAGUCAGGCACUGGAAUCCUCUAGCCCAAAAUUUGGAGGCAGUCAGACACUGGAUUCCUCUAGCCAAAACCUUUCCAAAAAUUUGGGAGCAAGUCUUUCUGUAUCUCAAUCUUUGUUGCUGAAAGAUGACAAAACCUCAAGGCACUAUGAUCAUAACACUGGUCUAAAGUCUAUUUUACAAGCUAAAGUUAGUAGUUCUAUCACAACCACACAGAAGACAAACGUCACACCUCUAAAACGGAAAAGACCCGAGAGUACGGGAGGAUUGAUAAUGACUAGUCCGUUUAAGCAUCCCCCAGAAUCACCAACAAAUGGAAACAGGGAUAUUUGUGCAAUUUCAGAAAGAAUUGUUGCCAAAAAGGACAAUUACAGAGAGGACCAGACCAUCUGUAGCCAGAGAGAUGAAUGUAAAAGUUCUCCGCCAUCUGCACUUGAUAUUCAUAAGCCUGUGAACAGAAAAGAAUUAGGAGCCCUUCAAACAUUGAAAGAUGAUGAUAAUGUAGAAAAGGCUGAAACAUAUACGAAGGCACUUGAAGAUAUAUGCAACAUGCUUCGGAAAAUGCAUGAGGAGGCGAAAGAACUAUUAGUUCGGUCUAUUGUGAAUAACAAUAAGCUGCUGAUGCUCAACCAUCCCAUUCAUGAUGAGAAGAUACGAGUGGUUAAAAGUUAUGCUGCUGAGUUGAUGAAGAGGGAGAUCAAGGCAUCAUCUUGAUUGUUGUUGGUUAAAGAAGCCGUCGAAUGUAAACUACAUGGUUGACAUCAUUGGCUCAUUGCACAGAAGGAUGCUUGUGGCCACUUCGAAAUGGAAUAAACUUGUAAUGACUCUUUUCUUCCCUGUUCCUUGCUCCAGUCAGACUAAAAUGAUUGUGAUCUAUCUACAUGCCAAGUUGCUACUUUGUGAAAUGUCUUUGAACUUCCAUCCAAUUCUAAAUGGCGAGGGCAUGUCACUAACUCACUAUGUUCCUAGUAACAAGUUCAGAGUUGGUUUUUUUUAACGCACACUAUUUGUGUAUCCUUAAUAAUCCUUGGAUGUAUAUUCAAAUUUCUAACUAGUAACUUUGCGGUGUGACCUUUAGGAUAUGUGUAUGUCUUAGCCCAAUUAACUCAAGAUAUUUUUUAAACGUUUUGAUAACCGUUUCUAUUUUAGUUGCCUACACUUG